CACACUUCCUUGUAUAAGCACUUGCCUCCCCAUCUCCCUCCUGCCCCUCCCACUCAGCCAGACGUCCACUGAACUGUUCUUGGCUGAGGGAGGGAGUCUGCAGAGGCCAUGCACUUGGGGUGAUGACGUCACGUGCCGGGCAAAGAACACUUCCAGGGAGCUACAGACAUGCUUAAUGACUCAAGGGAAGAAGCGAGAUAAAUGCGUCAGUGUCAGCUUCCGUGUCAAAAGCGACUAUAUAUUGCGCCAGUGGCAUGAGGCAGUGUGUGCAGGCCGCUAGCUCCUGCCACACUCAUCCGGACCUGCGGUGGGAAAGGUGUGCUCUUGGGUGCUGUCCACGGAAGUCGGCAAGGUGUGUGUGUGUGUGACCCGAACGGAUGGGAGUGUCGCACGAUGAGAACAGGCACACAGGGAGUUGUUGGGCUUGGUAGUGUCGGUGAAGAGACACUUGAGCACGCUAUACCCUACCUGAAGUGCGCUUCACACGUGCAGUGCUCUCCCGACCCCCUUGAUAAUACGCUGCGCAUCCACAUCAUGUCAUCCCGAAAGAGCACCAAAGCACCUCGCAUGUCUAGGAAAAGUGACGUUCGCGUAUUGCUGGAAGGCGAUCCACAGACUAUAAAUAAGGAUAAACUGCCCAUCGAAAAGCCGAAGCUAAGUGAGGUUCCUAUAUUGCUGCGAUGCGACCCACACACGAGAGACAAGGAUACACUGCCCGUCGAAAAGCCUAAACACAGAGAGGUUCCCGUAGAAAUGCUGCAAGGCGAACCGCACAUGAAAGAUAAGGGUACAGUGCCCGUCGAAAACCUUGAGCAAAGUGAAGUUCCUGUAAAUAUGCUGCAAGGCGACCUGCAAACGAUAAAUAAGGAUACUCUACCCGUCAAGAAGCCUAUGCAAAGUGAAGUUCCAGUAAAAAUUCUGCAAGGUGACCCACAAACGAUAAACAAGGAUACAAUGCCCGUUAAAAAGCCUCAGGAAAGUGUGAUUCCCGUAGAGUUGCUGCAAGGUGACCCACAGACUAUUGACAAGGACACGCUGCCCCCUGAGAAGCCCAGAAAAAGUGAACUUCCGGUGGAGCUGCAACAAGGUGACCCAAAGGUGAAAGACAAUCAACAAGGGACACAUCGAGACACCUGCUGCUGCUGCCCAAGAAUACCUGCCUGGCUUGAGGGGUCCACCGUUAGACAGACCCUGGCAGCGAUUGUGAUGGCGCUCAUACAGAUUCAGGCCGGCACCGCGUUCGGCUUCUCGGGGAUAACACUGCCGCAGCUGACUGACUCGGCAACCCAGGACCUGUUUCUCGAGCCCCACCAGGCCGCGCUCUUUGGAAGCUUGGUGAACCUCGGGGCUGUGGCGGGGACCUGCCUCACGUGGCCGCUCCUGGUGAGGCUGGGCCAGCGAGCCACACUCCAGCUGGGCCUCCCGCUCUGCUUCCUCUCCUGGCUCACCCUCGUCUUAUCCUCUUCCGUGUGGCUCCUUCAAACGGCCCGCUUUAUCCUGGGCCUCACCACGUGUCUCAUGACGCCUGCAGCCAAUCUCUAUCUCCUGGAAAUAUCUCACAGGAAAAUUCGCGGUAGACUCCUCGGUGUGAUGACGCUGUCACGAAAUCUGGGCGGAUUAGUCGUCACCCUCAUUGGCAGCUCGUCCCUCAGCUGGCGCCACGUGGGCCUCGUGUGCUCCAGCCUCUCCGUCCUCCCCUUACUGGGAGUGCUGUGGCUGCCCAACUCUCCCCGUUGGCUGAUGACUCAAGACAGAGAGGAAGAUGCUCUCUUCGCCUUGAGCUUCUUCCGUAAGAAAGGUUACGACCCGUCGCCAGAGCUACGAGAAAUCACGGAGCAGGUGGAGAACAAGGGCAGCCCCAGCAGCAGCGUUUGGGGGCAGCUGAAGAUGCUGUUCCAUUCCCAGACACUGAGCACCCUCUGUGUCUUGGCCCUCAUAACAGUCCUGGUGGCAUUUUGUGGGACUUACCCUCUGUCGUCCUAUCUGGUACCCAUCCUGGAGGCAGCGCAGGACGACAGGGACCCUUACGUCAGCGCGGUGAUGUACAGUUCUGUCAGAAUACUGGGAAUAGUCAUUCACCUGGCUGUGGUCGACAAGCUGGGACGGAAACCUUUGAUCAUCGCUUCCUUCUCCCUAUGUGCGGUCAGCACCGCCGCCUACGCCACAUAUUUCCAUCUACUGGACAAGACAAUGACCGCGGAGGUCAGCUGGCUUCCCCUCACACUGUUACUUCUGUUUAGCCUGUUCUCCGGUGUGGGCCUACCCGUUAUCCCCGCGUUGCAGGGGGAGCUCCUGCCCACCAACUGCCGAGCGGCAGGCUUAUCCCUGCUGACGUGUGUCCUCAUGCUGGGCGGGUUCGCGUCCUCCCACACCUACUUCAUGACGGCACAGGCGCUGGGCCAAGACGGAGCUUUCUGGCUCUUCAGCUGCUGUUCGACCCUUCUUGUUCUGGUCGCCAUCUUCUGUGUGCCAGAGACGAAGGGCCGCACUUUAGAGGAUAUUUCCACGCCCCGGCUACGCUCUGAACACUCUCUGACGCCCUCUCACACUGGCCCUCAGGAGAAGCGUCCAGCUGAUAAGAACGUUGCGUCCAUGACUCAAGUCAGUGUGUGGACUGUCCCAAUGUCAAACAUUAAAUAGCUGAGAGAACCAACGAUGGAGCAUCAUGCGUUAACCCUUUGAAAUCUAGCUGCGGAGCGUCAAUGCGUGAUUGCGUGUGUGUGUGUGUGUGUGUGUAUGUGUGUACCACACGUAUUUAUCCUUAGCGCAGUCUUAUAGAGCCUGCAAAACAUAUCAUUUAGAAGCUCUUGAGCUUGGGAUCUCACAAAAAAAUAUUGCCAAAGUUAUAGGAAUAAAUAAUUGUAAACUAGCGCGCUCGUUACCAGGCGGAGAACAAACGUCGAACACUGACCAGGACGCAGAGGUUAGUGACGCUGUGUUUGUGUGCAUGUCGGUCUGUCUCUUUGACCAGUGUCAAAGACGUCCCAACAGGCAACAAAUAAGAGGAGUAAGGCGUUUAUCCCUCGACUGUCUCCCUGAUCAGUGUUAAAGAUACCCAACAGGCAACAUGUGAUCUUGAACAGCAGACUACCACAAACUAAUUAUAUAAACACGUGUAUAUAAAGUUCGGAAUAUGUAAACACGGUAUAAGCCUUAAUACAAAGUGAUAGUUAUU